CAUGAAACACCGCCUUCUAGAAAUAUUCACCAGAAACGACACAUUUCGUUGCGUACGAGGGAGGUCACCAUCUGGAUUACGAAAUUGGACCACCAAAUCUAACACGAUCAAAUCCCACACAUGAUCUCGGACAGCAAACAGUACAGCCAACGGACGUCCCAGCCCUUUUCGAUCGGGAAAAAUUCGCUCAAAAUUUGAAGAGAAAUCGGACCAAAAAACCAACCGAGCUGUUCGAAAACUUCCCAAACCGUUCCUUCGUGCGCCCACGAGAUCUGGAAACACCGAAGAACCCUAGCAUCGAUUCUCCUCCUCCCUCCUUCCCAUCAUCUCCUCUCGCGCGGGUCUGGAUCUCGAUUCGGAACCCGCAUUGGGGGUUCUCGGCUCCGGUUCGACGAUUCCGGGGGAGAUCGGAAAGUCUUUGAAGCAUCGUAUUUGGAUUCCUAAAUAGCCGGGAUCGCCAUGGAGUGUUUGGGGAUUGGAACGCGAUGAGGAGCUCAAUAGUGGAUUCGGUGGAUGUUAGACGUCGUUAGAGGAGUGAUUUUGGAUUCAUAUAAUUUUUGAUUGUUGAGGAGUUCGAGAUGGAUUUUUCUGAGAUCAGCGAGGAGCUGGCCGAGAUCGAGGGUCAGAUCAACGAUAUCUUCCGCGCAUUGUCCCCAUUGUGGUGCAUUGAGUAAUUUGUGCUUAUGGCGUUGCCAACAGAAAUGGAUUUCAGAAAUUGGAGAAAAUCAAAGACCCAAAUCGACGAAGUAGGCAGUUGGAAGAACUUACUGAUAAAAUGCGGGAAUGCAAGAGGCUUAUCAAGGAAUUUGAAAGAGUGAUGAAGGAAGUGGAGAGCAGAAAUACUCAGGAUGCCAACAAAAAGCUCAAUGAAAAGAAACAGUCAAUGAUAAAAGAACUGAAUUCAUAUGUUGCUCUCAAGAAGCAGCAUGCAAAUAGUCUUGAAAAUAAAAGAGUUGAUCUAUUUGAUGGUCCUGGUGGUGGAGAUGGGGUUGGUGAUGAAAAGGUUAUGUUAGCAUCAACUAUGACCAAUCAACAGCUAAUGGACACUGGACACCAAAUGAUGGAUGAGACAGAUCAAGCAAUUGAAAGGUCAAAGAAGGUUGUGGAAGACACCGUUAAUGUUGGUGCAGAGACUGCAGCUGCUCUCAAUGCACAGACUGAACAAAUGAAUAGGAUUGUUAACGAACUAGAUUCAAUCCAUUUUUCCAUCAAGAAGGCAUCUCAACUGGUGAAGGAAAUUGGUAGAUCGGUUGCUACUGACCGUUGUAUAAUGGCUUUGCUCUUCCUUAUAGUGAUUGGAGUGAUAGCGAUCAUUAUUGUAAAGAUUGUGAACCCACAUAAUAAGGAUAUUCGUGAUAUUCCUGGAUUUGCACCACCAGUUAGUCGGAAACUCCUUUGGGAUCCAAAUGGUGGAUGAAGUUCUGAAUCUUUCAGCUGUCCAAUUACUCCAGAUGGCACUUUACCUCCCAAGAAGGCAUUUCUGCAUGGCAAUUCUCGCUGAAUAUGAUACCUCCUUGUAAUUCAUUGCUUAUUGUUGGUAUUAUUGUAAACCAUUUUCUUUUUUUUUUUUUAUAAUUUACCUUCUUAUUACUAUGUGACAAAAUGAUAGUCUGGAACAACAAAUAUUUGUUUAUAUAUAUAUAUAUAUAUAAAGAGAGAAUAUUAUCCU